AUGCUCUACACACCCUUUUCUGACUGCAAGACCAGCGCGAAACAGAGCAGCGUUGCACGUGCAACCGCUUCCGUCGUAAAGAGGGCACAGCUUCGCCGGGGCAACAGCUCGGAAUGUAAAUAUAUCAGUAUCAAUGAGUCAUGGGAGGAUACGAGUGUUGCGGGGACGUCGACUAGCGCAGACAUGAGCACCUCGGCAUCUUGUAUCAAGCAGUCUACAAAUUCGGGAGCCAUAAAUCUUAGCGGCCGCACUCUUUCUCCUAGGGAAGCCCACGAAGGAAGUAUUGCUAGAUCGUUUGUUACGAAAUAUGGCCGACGAUAUCUACGAGAUUCUACUAUGCCAUAUCCCUUACCGAGCGACUUAACUGAAAUUCACCGUCAAAUGCUGCGAACAAUGUUACUCUGUCAGGUUUUUGACGGUCCACUAUGCUCGCCUUCUUUCCGUUCAGAGCCACCCGCAAGCGUGCUCGAGAUCGCGUGUGGAUCGGGAUUCUGGAGUGAGAUGUGCCACCAACAUUUCUCCAGAAAAGGUCAUACCUCAAUCUCAUUCACAGGAAUCGAUGUAGUAAAGCUAGGAUUACAUGGCGAGGCCCCUGUCAAAAAUGAUAUGAACUGGCGCUUCAUACAGCAUGACCUGCGACAGGUGCCCUUACCUUUUCCUGAUGAAGAAUUCAAUUGUGUCAUGGUCAAAGAUCUUAGUAUGGUGACGCCGAUAACAGAUAUGCAGCAGCUUUUGAUGGACGAAUAUCUUCGCAUCUUGAAGCCGGGCGGUACUCUGGAAAUUUGGGACAGUGAUCACUCAUUGCGGAUGCUGCUGCCACCUGAAGAAUCAGAUACUAGAGGUGAAGAGCAUAAGAGCGUGGAGACGCAACAGACACCGAGUCAUGCUCCCGGGACCUACAUCAUAACUCAGCAAACAUCGCUUGCCGCACCAAGAAACAAAUUCAUUUUGGAAUACAAUGCCUGGAUAGCUAAAGCCCUCGAGGCCCGGAAUUUGACGUGCUUGCCAUGCACUGCAAUUUUGCCCCUACUCCUCCAAGAGUCAGAGGCUCUUCAAGAUAUCGAGAGCCAGCGGAUCGCUAUUCCCCUCGGCGAAAUAGGUUGGGAGCAGGAUGAUCAGAGACCACCGGUAGCUCGCGAGAGCACAGCAUCGCCUUCCAAGGGCAAGGCCAGGGUGGCAGAGAGUGAAGAUCUAGAUGAGUUGCAGACGGCACUACGGCGAACGGCGCUAACCACCGUUGUACAAAUGAUUGAAAGUCUUGAGCCCAUUCUGCGUGAGGCAAGUGGAAAAAGACCAGAGGAAUGGGAUUCUUGGAUGGGUAACAUGAUUAAUUAUUUGCUUCAAAAGCACGACACCCUACAAGAUGAAUGUCUCGAGGUUGGCGCGUGGUGGGCUCGCAAAAAAGAGGUAUGA